AUGCCUGACGACGACAUCAAAGCCCUCCGCCUUCUGUCUAUCGAUGGCGGGGGCGGUCCCAGGGGAAUGUCUCCUCUGCUCAUCCUUCGCGAGAUCAUGCAGCGCAUCCAGGCGAAGGACAACCUGCCCACCACUCCCGAGCCGCAUACUUACUUUGACAUGAUCGGCGGCACUGGCACUGGCGGGCUUACCGCCCUCCUCCUGGGCCGCCUCCGCAUGCCAAUCGAUGAGGCAAUCAAGGCCUACGACGACCUCAACCACCGCGUGUUCGUCGGCGCGAAGAAGCCCACCGGCAGCGACGAGGCUUCGAGGUCCGAGGCAUUCAUCAAGUUCAUCCAGGAGCUCUGCAUGAAGAAGCUCGGUAUCAGGGACGCUCGCAUGAUGGAGGACGCUUCUGACGUGAAUGCGUGCAAGGUCUUCAUCUGCUCUCGUCUCGCCGAGAACAUGAACGCCGAAAAGCCUGCGCUCCUCCGCACCUACAUGACCUCCAAGCACCGCAGCCCCGACUGCCUCGUCUGGGAGGCCGCCCGCGCCGCGCUCGCCAUGCCAGGCUACUUCAAGCCCGUCAACAUCUCCGACGGCGGCGUCACCCAGCGCUACGUCGACGGCGGCAUUGGGCUCACCAACCCGUCCCAGGUCCUCCUCCGCGAGGCCGAGGUCGUCUUCCCGAACGGCAGCCUCGGCGUCGUCGUCAGCCUCGGCACGGGCCACCUCCCGACCAUCGCGCUGUCCCAGGACGGCGGCGCCGGCGGCGCGUCGUCCGCGUUCGCGUUCGGGCGCACGCCGGCGUCUGAAAUCUUCAAGGCGAUCCAGGGCACCGCGCUCGACUCGGAGCGCGUGUCCGAGGAGCUCGCUGCUCUGUUUAGUAACUACCCGGAUGUGUAUUUCCGGUUCAACGUCUCCCAGGGGAUGCAGGGGAUGUCGUGGGCGGCCUGGGACGCCAGCCCGAGCGCGGUGCCGGCGCAUACUGCGCAGUAUUUGAAGGUGUUGGAUGUAGAUCGCCGUGUUGACGCGGCUGUGGUGGCGCUGUUGGCGCCCCAGAUGCGUGUUUCGAUUGCUGCUGUGAACAGCCUCCCCGCGCCUCAGGCAGGCGGGAUAGUGGGCAAGCCUGCCAAGGCCGUGCCUCCUCCCAUCAGCACCUUUACUGGGAGGUCGGACGCGUUGUCCCUAUUGCGGGCCUACUUCUCGCAGAAGAAGAGUGCAAGGACCCAGCACAUAUUCGUGCUGCAUGGUCCCGGGGGUGCGGGAAAGACCCAGAUCGCCUGCAAGUUUGUGGACGAGUGCAGGAGUGCAGGUGGACAGAUGUUCACGGACCUGAUUCUGGUGGAUGCAUCCAAUGUGCAGACCAUUGAGGCCGAUCUGGGUGCUCUGGCUGUGACCAAGGGGGCGGGGAAAUCCCACUCGGAUGCACUGGGGUGGCUGGCUACCCAGAGGUCGAACUGGCUGCUGUUCUUUGAUAACGCGGAUGAUCCCUCGUUUAAUCUGAGUGCCUAUAUGCCCAAGUGCACCCAUGGGAACAUCUUGAUCACUACCAGGAAUAAAUCAGUGCAGCAGCUCGGAGCCGGUUCACAGUCUGCAUACCAUGUGUACAAGAUGAAGAAGGAUGAGGCUAUUGAUCUCCUGCUGCAGUUGCUCUGCAAGCAAGAUCCCGAGAUGAGUGUCAGAGAUAUCUUGCAGGGGAUGGCAAGCCAGCUUGUGGAGGAACUGGGAUGUUUUGCUCUGGCUAUUGCUUAA